AGAGACAUAGAGACAGCGAGAGCGCGAGAGAGAGGCAGCGCACUGUGUCUCACAGCUCAAUCUGUCAGCUUCAGUGUCGGUACGCGUGUUGUCCGGAGGAGUCACAGCUGUGAUUAUGAUUCAAUACGAUGGAGAAAAAUGGACAAAUCACGGACUGAGAUUCCCGAGUCCUCCUACGGAGAUCUGGACUGGACCUAAGAGAGCUUCGGGCUUCUGAACCCGUAUACAGGGUAUCGGUGUGUUUUGCUGGAUAAGAACGCAGUGAAGUUACGGGAAUCUUUGUCAUCCGGACUGAAGAAAGACAACAAGGGGGCCUGACGUCGGUUGAAGUUGAGCUACGGGCUGCGCUAGCUAAGUGAGCAUUUAGCUAAGUUAGCAUUUAGCUUGUUGUGAACAAUCUUUUGUUUAUCUAGUUGGAAGUAGUGUUAUAAAGGACAACUUUAUAUGUGCAGCGUAACGCAUAACCAGUGACGGUGUCUUUUAAUAACCACUGUGUCUGAUGACCGCUUUGACAACGUUAGCACCAGUGCUAAUAGCUAAGCUAGUUAGCUAGCUAGCUAGCUCUCUUGCAGGGCUAGCUUGUUGUUCACCUCUGCUAACUUUAGCCAGAGAGCUGUCUCUUACAUGGGAACAAAAAGACAGCUUCAGUAGUGUCUUUGCUUAAUAAAAAACAUAUCUCAGUACAGAUAUCUGGUCGUAAAAAUUGCGAAGUGGCUUAUACUGAUUCCAAAUACUGGACAAUAAGCAUGUUUUUCUUCCCUACAUAGAGUCUUCCUGUCCGGAUACAGCUCCAGUUACACUCUGAUUGUGCGUCUACUUUCAGAUUAUAUGCUAAUCUGUCACUAAUAUAUUCAAUUCUUAUGGCUCAACAAUGGAAUUCAGUUUCAGAUUGUGUUUAAAUCUAUUUAUAAGCUGUCCGUCAUCCUUUUUAGAGACAGCACCAGUUGUUUACAUCAGUUAAAGUUCCCCUUACUGACCAAACUAUUGUUUUUCUUGCCGUUACUUUUAGCAAUUGGGAUGUUUUGCCUUUCAGAACCACAUUUUUGGCACCCAGCUUGUUUGACAUCCCUGUGAGACUGGCUAAUAUUUAGUCUGAACAUUGCACACGAUCUGGAGGAUUUUUAAAGCUGGUGGACACACACAUUCAGCAAAUUCAUGGGCUAAAAAACAGCUGUGUUUUUUGGUUCAAGUGAGUAGAAUACCACAGAAGGGGGUCACCCCUUACACUCCGAUGGGAGAGACGAUGGGCAGCCAGGGCAGCCCAGUGAAGAGCUACGACUACCUGCUCAAGUUCCUCCUGGUCGGAGACAGCGACGUGGGCAAAGGAGAGAUCCUGGACAGCCUUCAGGAUGGAUCGGCCGAGUCUCCGUACGCGUACAGUAGUGGUAUUGACUAUAAAACCACCACCAUCCUUCUGGACGGGAGGAGAGUGAAGCUGGAGCUCUGGGACACUUCAGGACAGGGCAGGUUCUGCACCAUCUUCCGCUCGUAUUCCCGCGGUGCUCAGGGAAUCCUGCUGGUGUAUGACAUCACUAACCGGUGGUCGUUCGAUGGCAUCGACCGGUGGAUCAGAGAGAUUGAUGAGCAUGCUCCUGGCGUUCCUCGGAUCCUGGUCGGUAACCGUCUACAUCUGGCCUUCAAACGUCAGGUUCCCACGGAGCAGGCGAGGGCGUACGCCGAGAAGAACGGCAUGACCUUCUUCGAGGUGAGCCCGCUGUGCAACUUCAACGUCAUCGAGUCCUUCACGGAGCUGUCGCGCAUCGUCCUCAUGAGGCACGGCAUGGAGAAGUUCUGGAAGCCCAACAGAGUGUUCAGCCUCCAGGACCUCUGCUGCAGAGCCAUCGUGUCGUGCACGCCGGUCCACCUCAUCGACAAGCUGCCGCUGCCCGUCGCCAUUAAGUCCCACCUCAAGUCCUUCUCCAUGGCCAACGGCAUGAACGCCGUCAUGAUGCACGGACGCUCCUACUCGCUAGCCAACCCGGCCGGCGGCUCCAAGGGAAACAGCCUGAAGCGCUCCAAGUCCAUCCGUCCGCCGCAGAGCCCGCCGCAGAACUGCACCCGCAACAACUGUAAGAUCUCCUAAUUCACAGGAGGUUCCUCCGCCAGAGCCGAGGGGAACAGGACGGAGUUAGCUGGAGGAGAACAUCCCCCGAACCUGAAGAGCUGAAGAGCAGGAAUGACGGAUGGAGGGAUGGACGAGUGCUACCUCUCACCUUCAUGCUGAAGAGCAUGAAGGUCUUUCUUCUCUCUGAGAGAACGAAAGACGGCUGGAGUUCAACUACAUGUACAGAAAUCACCGACUCAGCGUUUUAGUUCCUCUACGUGAAGCCUCAUCCUUCACUUUCCUUCCUUCCCUCCCUCUGUCUGGUUUUAUUCCCCCCCCUUCUUUAUCUCUUUUGUUUUUAAUGACCGAUAAGCUAUUGAUGGAGACACGAGGGAGCAGUCCCUCAGUAUUGAUCGUCGCCAUCUUUGUUCAAACACUCGUCGUGAUCUUUGGGAGAUUAAAUGUUUUGGCUGAAGGGAAAUCUUGGCGACAAGAUGAGUGGUGGUUGUAGUUUUAGGUGUAGGUCUUGAUCCUGGACCAGGUCUUGAUCCUGGAUCAGGUCUCAGGUCCAGACCUGCUGCUGUGCCUCAAUGUUCUCGUAGACAUGUCAAAAGAAGCCAGUUCACCUGCAGCAAACACACAAAAGCACCAUAAAUAUGUUUCAUUUCUAUUCUUCUUCUGUGGUUUCCGACGAGGGAUUCGGUGAUGCUUGUUGCCAUGGAUACCACUAUUUAAGGUCUCUCCGCCUUCUGGUGGAAUUUUAACUUGACAGCUGAAGACAAACGGAGUUUAGUUUUUUCAUACUUGUCAACAAAGCCCAUUGAAAGCUGAAGAUGUUUUCCUUUUUUGGCACAAGAGCUUCUGGGAGUUGUAGUCCGGAGAGAGUUUACCCAGAGUGCUCCUCUUCUCUCCUCUCUCUCCUCACCUGUUUCUUUUAUUGUGACACGCUUCACCUCAUCUGUGUGUUUAUAAUAAUCACUUUAUCAUAUUAACUCAUAUUUUACUGAUUAAUUGAGCUCGAGUUCAGUUUGUUCACAGAUUUAAACAAACUACAAAACUACUUCCUGUUUCAGCUCCUCUAAUGUGAGGAUUUCUAUCAUUUUAAAGUGAGAAUAUUUCGGAGUGUUGUUUAGAUGAAACGUGUUAUUUGAAGACGUCUGCUCGGACACGUUCACUCUUUUCUGAAUAAACAUUUCAUUGUAAAAAUGAACGUCGCGUCUCAACAGAACUACCUUAAAGGACCAGACGGUUUAUUGCACACCUGGACUGAUGGAAGCGUUCAUUCAUCUUUUAAGCAGAAAUACUAAACAUUAUGUUGGAGGUUUUGACCGUUGAUAAGACGAAAUACAACAUUGAAUUGUGAGAUGAAUCAACAUUAAAAGGCCGAAUUACUUUCCCUCCAAUAUUUACAAUUCAUUUCACACCAACGGGAGGAACGAGUGCGUUUGUUGGGGACUAUUUUCAGCGGCGGUUUAAUAUUUAUUUGGUGUGUUUUUCUAAGAGAGAACGGAAAGAGAUGAAUUAUUAUUGUUUGUUUUGGACUUUUUAUUUUGGGAAUUUGUUGACAAGAAGAAACAUGGAGAGCGCCACCAUCUGUGUUUGAGAUGACGAGCGCUGUUUGUCAUAGAUAUAAAUAAGUUAUUGAUUUUAUAAACGAUCAUCGUGUUCUCUCGCUCUCCUGCUGCAUUCAUGUCCCGUAGGAAACGGCAGCUUCGAGUGGACGAGUUAUAAAUAUUAAUUUAUCUCCAACGUGAUGACGACUUAAAGAGAAUCAGAACUCAUCGAGUCCAACACCAAACUGCUCCGACGUCUUCCUCUUCCUCCUCUUCUUCUUCUCUGAUCUCCGCCCCCGCGUGCUGUCCCAUGAUUCAUAGCUGCUGAAUAAUAGAUGUUCUUCUCACAUCUCUGGAGGUCUUCAUCGGUCUCUCUCAUCCUCCGCUCAGCUCUCUGUAGUUUGUUUCUUCAUCUUCAGCACUCGUCUUCCUCAUCGUCUCUCUGGUUUCUUUAUAAAACAGAAUUAUCUGCUGCUUGUUUUUAGCCGCCUCAGCACAUUUUCUUAGGCGUUCGACCUAAAUCCAGUCUGUGUUCAUUCUCACCUCACUGACUCGCGUGUGUUCACUGAUCCAGAGUCAGAUUCUUACGACGGCGCAUUAGGGCCGAUGUGGGAAAUAAAAUAUACAGAGCCGGGGGGGUAAUAAAGAAAUAUAAAUAUGAAAACACUGAGAUUAAUCGGAUUCAAAACACCAUUUUUGAGGAUUCAGGAUUUUUUUUUUUUUUUUUUUUUUUUUAAAUAACUUGAAUUUCUGCAUUUUUUUUCCCGCAAAUAUCUGACAAAAUAUUUUAGUUUUUUUUUGGUGAAUGUGACCAUUAUUUUAGAGAUUAUUUAAAGUCUAAAAAUGAAAUGUUUUUUAACAGGUCCAUUUUUGAGACAUUUACAUAAACAAUCUCGCACAUUUCUUUGACUCCUUGUUUGGGUUUUAUGUGUCAAAUACGUUGAAUUUGGUUUAAUUUAGACCUAAUUUGACUCGAGCUUGUUGCCAAGAUUUUCAGUUGAACAGGAAGAGGCUUUUAUUGUUGUUGGUCUUAACGCCCCUCGUUAGGCUUAAUGAGCUGUGUCAUGUUGUUGUUGUGUUCUCAUGUUCUUCAUCCUCUUUGUGUUGUGAGAUAACAACGCAAAGCUUUCCCUCCCUGUUUCUCUUCUUCAUCCUUUUGUUUUUUUGUUUUUUACGGACUUCUUCUGUGUUUUUGGACUCUUUCCAACAUUCUGUUGAGUUUCUAUUUUGGACAUUUUGUUUUUUUAAAGGUGGAAACGUGUGAGAGGUUCAGGGACGUCCUCUGAUGUGGAAGAAGUAUUUGUACAAAGAAGCAACUGUUGUGAUAAUUAUUACGACUUAGACACAAAAAAACAACACUUGUAAAACACUAUUCUGGUUUUUGGCGUGUGUGUGUGUGUGUGUGUGUGUGUGUGUGUGUGUGUGUGUGUGUGUGUGUGUGUGUGUGUGUGUGUG